UGAGUGCAGUUUGAUCUGUUUUCUUUUUUUUUUCUUACAUAAUUAAGGAUAUGGAGGAACAAGAGAAGGAUGUGGAAUUUCUACGCGGCCUCUUGACCCGCAAAAUGGAAACUGGCGAAGAUGUUGUCCUUCAAUCCGAUCGAGCAGCUGUUCUGCGUAAUGUAGAUUGCCCAAAGGCUCAAAUUCAUUUCAUUAUUUUGCCCAAGCAGGAUAUUGCGCAUGUGACUGCGCUAACGCCCAAACACUUGCCUCUGCUAGAUCAUAUGAUGGAGCUGGCCAAUCAGAUAAUUGAGAAAGAAGAAUUGCCUUCGAGCAAUUUUCGGGUUGGCUUCAAGAUAAAUGCAUUUAUGAGUCGUUUAAAUAUGCACGUGAUUUCCGAUGAUUUCUGUUCGGAGUACAUGCGGCGCAUUAACCAGUGGAAUACCUUCAACAGUGACUUAUUCAUCACUUAUCAGGCCGUAUACGCCCUGCUGCUGACCAAAGGCUACAUUGAGCCCUUGUCCGCCGAUGUGAUUGAGAAAUUGCGGAGGGCGACCCCAGUGCAUUGCAAUCAAUGCACUUUUAUCACUGGCAAUUUUGAGAAGUUUAAGGCGCAUUUGGAUUACCAUUGGAGCAAACGAGAAGGGGAGCGAGAGCGUCUUCUCAGAAUGGGCGUGUCAAAUUUGACGCCAUCGUUGGGCGAAUUGCAUUUGAAUGGCACUCGCAGCAACUUUUGCGGAGCUGCUCAACCGAAGCAAUUUCCAUUUACCUUGCAUUCGAAUGUGAAAGCGCUGCCUCUACGCCAUCAGCCAGGAAUACUUGGUUCUUAUCCCCCAAGAUCCCUCAAUAUGAAUUAUCAGAAAUCUAACCACAGCCCAUCGAGCCACAAACACCCAGAUUAUAAGCCAAUUAAGCAGGUUGUAAAAGAAUCUCAGAAAACAAAUGCAAAUCAGGCUGGUGACCCUCCAUCAAAUGCUAAUGCCAAACAAACUGUGGAUCAGGCUCAAGAUCAGCCAGUCAAAACAAAGCCAUUUGUCAACAAAAAGAAAUAGUAUAACAAAAACAAAAAGCCCGCCUUGCUAAAGUACCAGGAAUCCUGUGGAAAUGGCAAAACAUCUGCUGAUGGCUAAAACUAUUUUAAUUAAAAACUUAUAUACAUAUACAUAUAUAUUUA